GGCGCGGAAGCAGGAGCUACUAGGCACGAAGCUGGCGGCGCGCGGAUGCUGGCGGCGCGGCACGUCGUGUGCGCCCUCUCCGGCGGCGUGGACAGCGCCGUGGCCGCGCUGCUGCUGAGGCGGAGAGGCUACCAGGUGACGGGGGUGUUCAUGAAGAACUGGGACGCGCUGGAGGAGCAGGGCGUGUGCACAGCCGACAGAGAUUGCGAGGAUGCGUACCGGGUCUGCCAGGUCCUGGACAUCCCCUUCCACCACGUGUCCUACGUGAAGGAGUACUGGAACGACGUGUUCAGCGAUUUUCUGAGUGAGUACGAGAAGGGGAGGACGCCCAACCCGGACAUCGUCUGCAACAAGCACAUCAAGUUCAAGUGCUUCUUCGAUUAUGCUCUGGGAAAUCUCGGAGCUGACGCUGUUGCCACGGGCCACUACGCGAGGACCUCGCUGGAGGACGAAGAGGUCUUCCAGCAGAAGCACGUCCGCAGGCCGGAAGGGCUUUUCCGGAACCGGUUCGAGGUCAGAAACGCGGUGCAGCUCCUCCAGGCAGCCGACAGCCUUAAAGACCAGACCUUCUUUCUCAGCCAGGUUUCCCAGGAGGCCCUGAGGAGAACCCUCUUCCCUCUGGGGGGGCUAACCAAAGGUUUUGUAAAGAAAAUAGCCGCUGAGAACGGACUCCAGCACGUGCUGCAGAGGAAGGAGAGCAUGGGCGUCUGCUUCGUUGGCAAGAGAAACUUUGAGAACUUCAUCCUCCAGUACCUGCAGCCUCGGCCCGGCCGGUUCGUCUCCAUAGAAGACGGCCGAGUCCUGGGAGCGCACAAAGGCUGGUUCCUGUUCACGCUGGGCCAGAGGGCCAGGAUCGGCGGCCUGCGCGAGCCCUGGUACGUGGCGGAGAAGGACGGCGCCACGGGCGACGUGUUCGUGGCCCCCCGCACGGACCACCCGGCCCUGUAUAGGGACCUGCUGCGCACCGGCCGUGUGCACUGGAUCGCCGAGGAGCCGCCCGCUGCCCUGGUCCGCGACAAGAUGAUGGAGUGCCACUUCCGCUUCCGCCACCAGAUGGCGCUAGUGCCCUGCGUGCUGACCCUCAAUCAGGACGGCACCGUGUGGGUGACGGCCGUGAAGGCUGUGCGGGCCCUCGCCCUGGGGCAGUUCGCCGUGUUUUACCGCGGGGGCGAGUGCCUGGGCAGCGGGAAGAUCCUGCGGCUGGGGCCGUCCGCCUACACCCUGAAGCGGGGCCAGGGCCAGCCUGCAGCCGCCACGGAGGGCCCCGGCGACGGCCCAGCCUCCAACCCCGCAACCUGAGCCCUGGAGCGGACACGGAGGAGCAGAGCCUGGGGCGCCGGGCAGCUGGGGGCCCGGCCGGGUCUGCUGCCCCCCAGGGGGCCUGGAGGACUUGCCCACGUGGAUUCCGUCUCAGAUGCCCUUCCACAGGGCUCCCCGUCCCUACCCCCGGGGGGGUUCCACCCUGGAGCACCUGGAGGGGCCGGGGGGCGGGGGGGGCUGCAGGGACAGU